UAAUUACAGAAAAGAUACGUUUUUUUUUUUUUGAAAGGAAGAAAAUGGAAAAUGAGUAUAUUUUAGUGACCAAAACUAAAACUUGAACCAAACUGGAAGAACAAAAUGACCUAUUGAGAAGCAGCAAUGGUUUCUGCUGUAUAGUGUGAUGCUAAAAAAAUGAAAAAUCUGAGCAUUUUCUGUGGAAUCACUCGUUCAAUCCAGAGAAGUAUGGCCUGCUCAGUUGCUGGACUUGUCCACAGUACUCGUCAUUGCUUCUCCACUUUGCGAGAGGACCCAGAAAUGGACCAACUGAUGGAAUUUUUGGAGAAUCUGAAGAACUUCGAGAAGUCAGGGGUCCCCAAAGGCGCAGGAACAGAUUCGGAAGAUGGCUUUGAUAUAGGAAGAAUGAGACGCUUGAUGGGACUCUUGGGUAAUCCCCAAUCUAUGUUUAAGACUGUUCAUAUUGCUGGAACAAAAGGGAAAGGAUCAACAUCUGCAUUCCUCUCAAGUAUACUGCGGGCAGAAGGCUAUUCUGUUGGUUGCUAUACUAGUCCGCAUAUACAGACUAUCAGGGAACGCAUAACUUUGGGAAGAUGGGGUGAGCUAGUAUCAGCGAAGAAAUUGAAUCAUCAUUUCAAUACAAGGAGGGAAAUUCUUGAAAGAGCAGUGAAACUUGAGAAUGGUUGUCUCAGUCAUUUUGAGGUUUUUACUGCUAUUGCAUUCAGCCUAUUUGCUGAAGAAAAUACUGAAAUUGCAGUUGUGGAGGCUGGAUUGGGUGGAGCACGAGAUGCCACUAAUGUUAUUGUGGGUCCUGAUCUUGCUAUAUCAAUCAUAACCACUGUUGGUGAGGAACAUUUGGAUGCGCUUGGGGGCUCUUUGGAAAGUAUAGCGGUGGCGAAAUCAGGAAUAAUUAAAAAUGGGCGCCCACUGGUUCUAGGAGGUCCGUUCAUUCCAUCUAUUGAAAGCAUUCUCCGUAGUAAAGCAUCUUCUAUGUCUUCACCAGUGGUAUCAGCAUGUGAUCCCGGAAAUAGAAGCGCUUUGAGAGGCUUCUGCCAAGUGAGUGGCAUACCACGCCAAUUAUGUGAUAUAGUGCUUCAUAUUGAGAAGGACUUUGAUCUGUCAAUUAAACUUUUAGGUGUGAAACUACGCAUGCUUGGAGCUCACCAACUUCAGAAUGCUGUAACUGCCACAUGUGCAGCAUUAUAUCUUAAUAAGCAAGGAUGGAGUUUGUCCAGUGUAUCUAUUCGUGCUGGUCUGGAGGGUGCAGUUUUGCAAGGCCGAACCCAAGUAUUGUCUUCAGAAGAAGCUAGUUUACUUGGAGUACCUGGGGCAACUAUACUACUUGAUGGAGCACAUACGAAGGAAUCUGCCAGGGCUUUAACAAACACAUUGCAGAUGACCUUUCCGAAGGCAAAAAUGGUUCUUGUGGUUGCUAUGGCGAAUGACAAGAAUCAUCUAGGUUUUGCAAGAGAGCUACUCUCAGUUGGGAAUUUGGAUGCUGUAUUUUCUACAGAAGUUGACAUCGCUGGUGCUAAAUUAAGGCUGACUUCAGCAUCUUUAUUGAAAUGUGCUUGGGCCAAUGCUUCGAGAGAGAUGAAUAUGAAGGUUCUUGACCUCAAAGUUGCAGAUAGUGAGGAUGAAUCCCUUCAAGCUGCAGGGAUUGUGGAAUCUCAAAGCAUUUUACUUGCGGAGGGAUCAUUAUUGGCUUGUAUUCGAGCUGGUUUUAAGAUCCUCAGUGAAAGAACUGGAGAACAACCUGGAAUUAUAGUAGUCACUGGCUCUUUGCAUAUAGUUUCCGCUGUUUUGGGCUACUUGGACAGCUGACUCCUCCUAUUUGGUAAGAAAAUUUCCAUUUUGGGUACUAUUCUGAAAACAUCUGAUAUAGAAUUUUACUACUAAUUAAUUUAAGGUGAAUGAAUUUGUCAAAUAGUUGUCAAUGUCAAAUGAGCUGGGAUUGAUUAUAUGCAUUUUCUGCAUCAAUUCUACUCAUCUAUUAAGGUCUUUUUAUUGUUGAAUCACUUGUAAAAAGAAGGUCCAUUUUUACUACUUUCAUGCACACCAGUGUCUUCAGGCCUUAUGAUUUAGCAGUGCUUGUUCACUCUAAACGAUACUAAAGAUGUUGUAUUUUGUUAGGGAAGAAUUUCCCGGUUUACAUGCUUGCUACUAUAAAAUGGCAUUAUGUUGAUAGUAGUCAGUCAUGUAAUUCUAUGAGCUAUUUAUUUAUGCUCAUAUAAAGCCUUGCCAGAGCCCCUUGAUGAGUUAAGAGUUGUAAAAUGAGAUUGAUUAUGAGGGCUCUUUGCAAAAGUUGGAUAGCUCAACUGUGGAUGACUGGAUAAUUCCUUGGCUCUCACUUUGCUCGUGUUUACGAUAAUGACAGGUGGUUGAAUAUGUUGUUGAACCAUGGCAGGAAUAAAAGCAUACUUGUCGUAUUAUUAGCAAACUUUUCAGUGGAACUACCAUUUAAUUUGAUUGGACAAAAUGAAUGUCACUCUACUUAUUUAGU